GUUGUCCGGCCGACUGCGAGUCUCCUGGAUUAGCUUGCACCGACCGUUCAGCCACCUGCUGCCUCACGGCGCCGAGAUCGCUGCCAUAAACCUACAGGCCGUGAUAGAGGUCAAGUCUGCUGUGAUCAAAGAUGAAAGCGUGAACCCGGAUGUUAAUGCUGAGUACGAAUUAAAGCUGAGGAGCUAGUGAGUGGGAAUCUGGAUUGACGUAAUUGUCCACGCUGGGUGCACGUUGAGUUAACUGCCACUCGUACAUCGUCUGAGGAUUAACUUCAGCCAUGUCCAUCAAACGCAUUCUCCGCAAGCUCAGGAAGACUCGACUACUGAGCAGCCCAAAGAAGAUCGUCAAGGAGGUGACGGCGACAUGAGGCAGUCUGCUAAACCCGUCCCUGGCUACGGAGGAUUCAGCAAGACCCGUCCAUCGCUACAGGGGCUUUACCAAGACCCAUCCAUAGCCACAGGGGCUUUACCAAGACCCGUCCCUUGCCUCUAGGGCGACGAUGUUGCGCCUUAUAUUAUAUUUUACGAUAACGGAUUAGCCACCGUUGAACUGUAUAUGUGAUGAAACAUGCAGCCAAAAGGCAUUCAAUAUUAGGAAAACAAUCCCGUUGAAUAUAUGUGUGUGCUCGUCUCAGAACGAUCAUGAACUCGAACAGCUUUAGUCAUGUGACUCUCGGUGCUAGAGUAACCGAGGGGGAUGGUAGCUCGGAUAUCAGAGAAGUGGUACGCCAGCAAUGGACAAGGGGAAGCGUGAGCCGAGAGAUGCGGACGGAACACAUACUCACGUGGAAUACCACUGCCGUGUACGAUGUAUGGGGGGAUGUCAACGUGACCCUGACCACGCCAGGGGGUGGUAACGUCAGCAACGUGACGGUGGACGACAACACCCUCAAGGCAUUCAGUGAGUAUUACCAGGGUAUCCACGGCUACCUGGCUCUGAUGGUCUGCAUCUUUGGCAUCGUCUCCAAUGUGCUCAACAUCAUCGUGCUGACCAGGAAACACAUGCGCUCACCUACAAACUUCAUCCUGGCAGCGCUAGCCAUAGCGGACCUGCUCACAAUGAUCCCCUACCUGGUCAAUGCCAUCUACAGCUAUAUCUUACGAAAGCCAAGCUGCAGCAGCACCCAGACGGCCGAGAGCUCCCUCUACUGGAUGUACUUCGCCAUGUUCCAGAACCUCUUCGUCAUCACGUGCCACAUGAUGGCCCUCUGGCUGACCGUCUCGCUGACCGUCUUCCGCUACAUCUUCGUCUGCAAGCACCAACUGGCCUCCGUCAUGUGCUCCAUGCAGCGGGCCCACCUCACCGUCCUCAUCGUCUUCAUCGUCACCAUCCUCCUCUGCGUCCCUUACUUCUUCGUCUACGAGGUGCAAGAAACAUCGGAGGCCAUCACGCAGCCAUGCUACUCUGUUCAACCCUCGCCUUUCGCGCAGGCUAACCCAAUGUACAUAACCUUCGUCCACUGGCUGUUCGGCGUGGUCAUCAAAAUCCUCCCUUGCAUCCUGCUGGCGUAUCUCUCCAUACUGCUCAUCAUAGCCAUGCAGCAAGCCAAGAAACGCCGGGCCAGGCUGCUCAACAACAUCUCCCGGGUCAUCGACCACGAGAGCUCCAACGAGCACAACAGGACAACCAUGAUGCUGGUGGGGGUGGUCAUCUGUUUCAUCAUCACCGAGACACCCCAGGGGAUCGUGGCGGGGAUCAGCGCGGUGGACACGCACUUCUUCCGGACGGUGUACGUGUACCUGGGCGACCUGAUGGACAUCCUAGUGCUGGUCAACAGCGCCGUCAACUUCAUCCUCUACUGCAUCAUGUCGCAGCGGUUUAGGGACACCUUCAAGAGCCUCUUCGUCGCCAAGCACUUGCCGCCCUUCUUUCACAGAGUCAAGCAUCACCCCAACGGUGGGGACUACAGCAUGGUCCACACGGAGACGACUUUACUCUAAAGGCAGAGUCAAGGCAACGUGUAGCAAAACUACAACAGUGCGCCAUCUAGGCAACUUGUAGCAAAAAUACAACAGUAUGCCAUAAAGGCAUCUUGUAAUAAAACUACAACAGUAUGUCAUGAAGGCAACGUGUAGCAAAAUUACAACACAGUGCAGCGAGAGGAAAACUUGUAAUACCAUGACAAUAUAGACUCAUAAAGAAGACGCUACAGCCAAAAAGGAUAACGAAAGUCGAAUGGAUUAAACUUUGAUGUAAAAGGACAACAAUGUAAGUGUAAGAGCCAAUACCAUCACUUACAUGAUGAGGCAGUUUUCUUACAUAUGUUGGCAUUAAAUAACUGGCUGCUGGCGACUGGAUCACUCCUACUGAACAUGCCAGAAUGUUCCUGGCAAACUUGUAUUCCAACACGGAUACGGCCUUGGCGCUUCAAUCUUUAUUCCAACACACGGAUACGGCCUUGACCCUCACACUCGUAUUCCAACACACGGAUACGGCCUUGACCCUCACACUCGUAUUCCAACACACGGAUACGACCUUGACCCUCACACUCGUAUUCCAACACACGGAUACGACCUUGACCCUCACACUCGUAUUCCAACACACGGAUACGGCCUUGACCCUCACACUCGUAUUCCAACACACGGAUACGACCUUGACCCUCACACUCGUAUUCCAACACACGGAUACGACCUUGACCCUCACACUCGUAUUCCAACAGUCAAGUAUGACCUUGACCCUUCCACCCCUAUUGCAACGCACGCAUGAUCUACAGCAAAACGCCAUCAGACUAUGGCCGGGCUGCCAAAAGCCCCAGCCACUACAAUACCAGCGCCGCCAUUGUUGCGAGGCAUGCAAAACAAACAGAUGGCGUACUGAAGCACACACACAUCAGUCUGGUCCGCCCAGAAAGCUGAUUUUAAAACCCAGAAGAUUGAUGAUAACAGGCUGAUUUAAAGGGAAUGUUCUAGAUAUUUAACGCUUUCAUCUCGUAGGGAACUGACUGUCAAACCCGGGCUAUUAAUAGCACAGGGCAGGGUUGUUUUUUUUUUUAGGGAAAAGAUUUAAAGAGAGAUAACUCCACCCCUCCACCAUCCCAAAUUUGAAAUGAAAACUCUAGCCCGGCGUGCAUUUUGAUUUGGAAUCAACCAUUACUAGUUGAUGGAUAGGGUGGUGGCCAUGGUAACUGGGGGGUACAAAGUUGAUCGGGUGCCAGACGAAUCAUGAGUCUGUCUGUUCAAAUGGAAUUAUAAAAAAAAAAACAAAUAAAAAAAAACAAAACAGAUUUCGUUCCUUCAUCAAAGUGGCGGGAUUAAGCAUGCAUCCCGUACGGGAACCACGUGAUGUCUGUAACUGGUAUCUACAGCUAAGUAUGUGGUAUAAAAACUAAAUGAAAACCUGUGUGUCACAAAGAUGUGACAUUGACAGAUAUCUGUCGCUGUGACAAUUAGAGGUGACGUAAUGAAAACCAGAGGAUAGACCUAUUGUUACGUAUCACCAGAAAAUAGACCUAUCUGUAUCACCAGACCUAUCAUUAUCACUAGAGGAUAGAUCCGUAUCACCAGAGGAUAAACCUAGCUGUAUCACUAGAGGAUAGACCUGUCUGUCUCACCAGAGGAUAAACCUAGCUGUAUCACUAGAGGAUAGACCUAUAUGUCUCACCAUUGGAUAGACCUGUCGGUAUCACCAGAACUAAGCAUCAUGAAGUGGCCUUUAACUCUUAGAAUUCCAAACUCUGGCUUGUCUAUGAGGCAACAAUUCUUUGUGUAUUUCUCACGGGUAGUGGAUGAGGCUGUUCAUUCGAAUGUUAAACUUAGCUUAUAUUCAUGAUAUUAAUACAUUCAAUAUUACUGUAUGUACAUACUAUGUUCAUACUUCAUAUAUAUAUAUAUAUAUAUAUGAAGAGUUGAUUUUCAAAAUGCAAUAUAUCCAAAAUUUGGGUUUCGAGAAAAUCGCAAUUUUCUCCUACACGAAGCCAUUGUACAAUUUGCUAAAACUGUUUGUCAAUUUAGGUUCAUAACCCUCAUAUACAUAGGACUAGAAUGGUUUUUGAAAUGUACCUGCAUAAAAAGAUGCUUUUUUUGGUCCCAAAAUUUGCGUUUCGUUGCAAAAUGAGGUAUAUCCAGCUUUUGUUAAGUUACAAAACGCAGUAUAUCCAUUUUUUUUCUGAAAAUACAUCUGAUGUCCAAUAUUUUAGUUUAUUAUUUUAUUAAGACCCACUUAUAUUCCCAGUGUUAUCAUCUCACUACAAUUGUACCAUGUUUUUCUGUUACUUUAAAGUGUUUUUAGUGAGUAAUUUCAGUUAUUUGAACAUUUUUCAAAAAUGAUGCAAAUCUCUAACGAGAGACUUUAAUUUGAAGAGUACAGCUUGUUUUUAGGUUCAUAACCCUCAUAUAAAUAGGACUAGAAUGGUUUUUUAAAUGUACCUGCAUAAAAAGAUGCUUUUUUUUUGUCCCAAAAUUUGCGUUUCGUUGCAAAAUGAGGUAUAUCCAGCUUUUGUUAAGCUACAAAAUAGAAAUAAAAUGAAAAUUUUGCGCCGUGAAGAUUAAAAUUAAGUUUUCCUAAUAGUAACUGAGUAGCUUUACAAUAUGGGCACGUUAUCUCAUUUUUUUCAAAAAUGGCGCUUAUCGCGUUUUGAAAAUCAACUCUUCAUAUAUAUAU